AUGGAGGAGAAGGCUGAGCAGAAGGGAAAGAUUCCCCGGGACACGCAGGCAGGUGAGGAGCUUCAUGAUGGGGAGCAGCCCUACAAGUGCUUGGAGUGUGGGAAGUGCUUCAGGCAGAGCAGCAGCCUGAUCCACCACCAGAUGAUCCACACUGGGGAAUGGGCCUACGAGUGUGGGGAAUGUGGGAAGGGCUUCAGCUACAGAUCCACCCUUGUGACCUACCAACGCAUCCACACUGGGGAGAGGCCCUAUGAGUGUCCUGAGUGCCAGAAGAGGUUUCGGAUCAGCUCAGAUCUCCUCAGACACCAGCGGAUUCACACCGAUGAGAGGCCCUUCUGCUGCCCAGAUUGUGGGAAGGGCUUCAAGCGCAAUUCCCACCUCAUCACCCACCAGCGCAUCCACACUGGGGAGAGGCCCUACGAGUGCUGCACGUGUCAGAAGAGGUUUCAGACCAGCUCAAAUCUCCACCUGCAUGAGCGGAUUCACAAUGAGGAGAGGUCCUUCCGCUGCCCCGACUGUGGGAAGGGCUUCAAGCAAAACUUCACCCUCGUAAGGCACCAGCGCAUCCACACUGGGGAGAGGCCAUAUGAGUGCGCCACGUGUGGGAAGGGAUUCACCCAGAGCUCUGACUUGACCAGACACCAAUAG